UGUGGCGGAGAAAGACCAUGGCGUUGGUGUCGCUCGGGAUUGUCCUCGCUCCGCUUCUGUGUUUUGUGCGGGCUUUAGCAGCGACCACCUUGCCCUCGGACCGCUGCCGGGUGACUGGCACGUGGUCGACCUCGAUGGCCUUCAAGGACCACCUCGACUUCUCGUUCGCGUGUGCGCCCGAGAGCCUCAGGAUCUCCUUCUCGGGAGGAUCUCUCGACGGAGAGUUCUUUCACUUCCAAAGGUCAACGCCCAAAUACCAAAUAUCGACAUCGAAAUCUACGACCAGGCACCGACUGGCUAACGGAAGCUCCAAUUGGACCCUUACUCUCAGCAGCAUUAAAGGUGUCCAACUCAUAGACAAAACAGGGGGGAAAACCCUUCCGGUUUCCUUGCCUAAUGGUCAGGUCGGAGACUGUUACGAAGUGCAGUUCAAAGCCGAUACAAACAUCGACUUCCGUUUUGCUCAUCAAGAAGACAGUCGUCCAUGCAGUUUUACAGUAACGGAAACAACAAAAGCAACAACAACAACAGCAGCAGCAAUAACAACAACAACAACAACAGCAACAACAACAACAACAACAACAACAACAACAGCAGCAACAACAACAGCAACUACAACAGCAACAACAAUGAAAACCACCUUCGAAGCCCAACCAGCGCCAACCCGGACGACCCCCGUCAACAAAGACCUGCCUCCUUCAGCUCCUCCAGCAGCCUCGACAGACACAGCCAGCUCCCCGGCCCUGUUUCCCAGCCCUGACCCUGACCCUGACCUUGGCGGGGCGGAGGUCAGGAGCGGCGAGGGGCGCGCGGGGGGGGACGCCGCGUGGGCAAUGCUGAUGGCGGCCGUGGUGGCGCUUCUGUGAUUCCGUGCUCGGAUAU